AUGGGGGUCAUAUCCCCCCCCGGGAGGUUUUUUAAAAUAAUUUUUUUGAUUAUUGAAUGAACGAAAUUAUGAAAAUGAAUGUUAAAAUCAAUAUUGAAAAAAAAAAGUGAAUUUUUUUUUUUUUAUAAAAAUGAUAUCAGUUAUGAGUUAGGCCUCUAUUGUUUUAUUAAAUAUUAAAUAAUUUUGGUAACACUGAUGAUCACGAGUUGUGAAGCGUGCUGAGAAGCAACGUAAACGAUAAACGCGUUUUAAUAACAGUUAUGUUGUUCAAAUUUACUGUUGGGUUAAGUGAGUUUUAAUGUAAAUGUGAUUUGUUUGAUUGUAAAACAUGGAUACUAGUUCAACGGGGAAAAGUAAUAAAGAAUCCAUUUUAAAUUUUUUCAAAAGGAAAGUUUCAAAUUCACCACCAGAAAUUAAUUCUAUUUCUACUGGUAACGCAAAUAAAGUUUUUGUCACUCCGCAUGCAUUACCGCACAUUGAAACAUUUGAAACUAAUGUGAAUGAAAACAAUAAGGAUGAUAAUAUUGAAACCAAUUGUAUAAGUGAUACUAAUAUUCUGCUUCCACGAAAUAAUGAUAUUGCUUUAUUUAUCAAUCGUAGUUUAAAUGACGAGGAAAAAUUAUCAACUAGACUUAAUGGGCUGGCUUUAUUGGCAAUUUACCGGACAAUAGAAGUUUCACCAGAUGAAGUCAUAAAUGAACUUAGUAUUCAAAAAAAUAGAAAAUUGGAUUUUGUGUUGUAG